UUGGCUCUGUUCCAACUAUGUCCAUUUAUCAAAUUAAUAUGAUACAGUUGAUAGAUAUGGUUCUAGCUAGCUGUGUUUAUAGAUAUGGUUCUAGAUACUAAUUGGUCUCUUCUGCUGCUUAUCAGAUAUGGGGGGAGGCCGCCACCGCAGGCUGCGCUCUGCCACACCGGAGUACGACUUGGAAGGUUUCGAGUUCUUCACGAUCAUACUCGAGAAUUCCUCCAAGAGACAGAGGCUGGCUGACACUUUUAUGAAGAUGUUGGACGGCCAUCGGCCAAAGAAUGUGAAGCUGCGACAGGCCGGCAGCAGGCUUCGCAGGCUGUGGGACAUGGAGGUGGUGUUCAGGUACGACCACAUGUACCUGUAUCGUGGCUGGGAGCAGUUCAUCCGUGCCUACGACCUGCGGCACGGGUACUUCCUUGUCCUCAGGUACGACGGCAACGCCACGCUCACCGUGAAGGUGUUCAACACGAUUAUGUGCCGCAUUCGCUACCAGGACGACGACGAUGCCAGCAAUGGGAGCAGCAGCAGCGACUCUGGCUACAGCAAAAGUAGCAGCGAGUCCGGCUACAGCAAAAGCAGCAGCGAGGAUGAUCCGGAAUGGAGUGGGGAAGAACAGGAGCAGAGCGGGGAUGAGGAGGUGCAGCCUAUUCUGUCUGACGAUGACCUCGCGAUGGUGGUGGCUGACGAUGGCCAAGCGAUGGUGGUGGCUGACGAUGGCCAAGCGAUGGUGGUGGCUGACAAUGGGCAAGAGAUGGUGGUGGAUGAUGAUGACAUAGCGAUGCUGCUGCCUGAAGAUGGCCUCGCGAUGGUGGUGGUGCCUGAAAAUGACCUCGCGAUGGUGGUGGCGCCGGCGAUCCCACAGCCGGGUGACAUGACCAUGCCAAUUGUGGUAGAAGACUACAUCCCACUGCUUCGCCGCUCUAAGCGCAUCAGGAUGAUGAAGGAGAAGGAGAAGAAGGAGGAGUGAAGUAUGUCAGAUUUGCUUUAGAUGAGGAAGCUUGCAUUGAUGGAGUGUACUCUUCUCCUUAUGCUUCCUUUUUGUUUAUGGAAACUUGUUGGAAACUUCUUUUGGAUAUGUAUGUAUAUAUGGAUAUGUUGUUGGAAACUUGUUUUGGAUAUGUAUGUAUAUAUGGAUAUGUUGUUGGAAACUUCUUGUUGGAAAUCAUUGUAUGUUGGAUAUGUUGUUGG